AUGACUUCUCGUAAGAAAACUCCCUACAAGAGGAAAGUAUCCGUCUUGGCUGGAUUAGAAGCACUUAAUUCUUUUAAGGUACCAAAAAAGCAGAAUAAAUUGUCCCUCCUUGAAAAUAUUGGCUUAAACUCGGUGGAUUACUUGGAGGAGAUAUACCCGCAGAUAAACCAGAGUUUUCGUUUCCCUCAACUUUCGCCUCAUUUUGAAGUUGAGGAAGCUUGGCUCAUUCAUAAUAAAACGCUUGAAGAUUCAUUUUCUCAGGCUCGCAAAAGACUUCAAAAAAAUCCUAUCACCAAUGCUAUUACAGGCACGGAAUCAAGUUUGUGCACUGGCUUUCUAGCUGUUAAAGAUUGGAAAGAUGUCGAAAAUAUUGCUGCUGAUGGUCUUGGUCCUGGAAAUGAUCCGACACUUGGCUUGGUCAACCAAAGUCUAUCAGUAAAUCAGUGUGCAGAUUUGACAGUUGCUCGAGAACAAAGUCGUUUUUUAAGCAAAGAUAUUGAUCAGUUCCUUUAUUUAAUUAUGGUACGAUGGGUCAAGUCUCGGGCGUAUAUUGUAUCACCAGAAGCUCAAAAUUCUAAAGAUCGUUUGGAACCUCAACCUGGUUAUGCUUGUCAUGUUUCUACAUGGUCUCGUAUGGAUUUAUUAGAUCCAAGCAAAUUAACUUUGGAGCAAAUAUUUCAUUUAUCUCAGGUUUAUUUGUAUGAAUUCGAUGAAGAUUUAGAAUUACGCACGAAACUAGAUCACGUUGUCCCGUAUGCUGUUUUGAAAUGUCGAUGGAGGUUAACUUCUGAAGUGGCAUCAAAACUUGACCCAUUAUCAGCAGCCAGUGGUUCAAUUUUAAUCAUUUCCCCCCAGCAACCAGAUAUCACAUGUCUUCGUUCUACGACUCGUACAGCACUUUUGCCAACUCCACAAAUUCCUCGUAUCCAUAAAACGUCUUCUCGUCGACAAUUAAAAACAUCAAGUACAUCAGAUUUUGAGAGCAAAUUAAAGCCUAAAAACCGUCGUUCUAAUGUAACCAGAGGUAAAAAUCCUUACAGGUAUGUAACAACUGGACUUUUAUCUAGUCCUGCCUCCUCAACUGGUCUACUUCCAAGUCCUCCGGCUAUUAAUUCCACUACUGUUGGUAUUGAUGAGAAUUCAGAACAGUUGACAUCACCAAAUCAACAAUUCAAACAACAAACUACUGGCUUCUUAAAUUUACUUAUAGCUCAUGCAAGAAGACUACAAGCAUCGUGUGAAUUAUUCGAAUUUUCUGAAUGCUCUAAAAUUAACAACAAUAGUAGUAAUGCUUCUGUUAAUGACAAUAUUUCAAGUAAUAGUCUAACAAGUUUUAAUGCUGUUACUGGUGAAUUACCGUCGACUUUAAUUGGGAUUUCGCUUCUUACUUGGGGUUAUCCAAAACCAGAAUAUUCUUUGGCUGUAGAAAUAUCUACCUUUCGUAAAGGACAGAUGGUUGUAUUUGAUGGCAUUCUUCAGCCAUGUUUACAUAUUCAACGAUUGGUUUCUCAUGCAUCUUUGCACUAUGAACUUGCUGGUUUAAGACCAUGGACAUCAAAACCAUUUGAUGUGAACGGACCUCCAGUAUUGGUGUCUGUUCCACGUGAUCAAGAAUGGUGUCUUCCUCGUUUGAAUCCUAUCAAAGCAUCAUCAUUACAAUCUGAUCCAAGUCCAUUUGGUGGUUAUAGAGGUAAUUAUUUCCGUUUAACACUACACGAAUCUGGUGGUCAUCGCACUGAAAUGGCACAACUUUGUCAAGCUCUACAAGAUAGUGAAAUGGCUGGUGUGGUUUCUAUGCCAUGUGAUGAAUCUAGUAUAAUGUUUUUAUUUCCUGAAUCACAAUUCUCUAGAUCAAUAGGUUUACCUACAGCUGAUACUUUGGAUACUAAUAUCUUACAUGCAAUAUUACUUACUCCACAUAAUCUAAACCGAUAUCCAUACAGUGAAAUGUGUUGCUGGUCUGAUGAUUACAAAUCUACUUUCAAUCAGUUACCAUUUGCUGAUGCUGGUGCACCGAUAGGAGCCACUUCAGAUGCACUUUUUGGUCAACGAAAAACAUCUUCCCUGUAUGUAUCUUCCAUGCAACUGAAACUUCCACUGAAUCGUAUUCUCACAACUUUAGCAGACAGUGGAAGAAAUCUCCUCGGUUCUGCUUUAAUCUCUAUACUGUCUCAUCAAAAUUCUAGUGAAAAUUCUAGUCCUAACAAAGAGGCCACCAAUUCAAUAACAAUGUCAUCUGCUAGUGAUCCGAGACUGCAUCCUAAUGCUCAUUUAGAUCCUCGACUACGCCAUCGUCAAGUGUAUACAGAUGAACCAGAUUGGUAUGCACUUGCCACUGCAUUAAUCUCAUCAAAACCUCAGAAAAAGACAGAAAAUUUCAAAUCUGAGCAAUUAAAGCCUGAGGAAAAUCAAACUCUUGAAAUACCUCCUGUAACUAAUAGUAUCUGUCCAGAAACUCAUGAUUCAAAAGCUGUUAUUCCUGCUCCAUCAAGUCCAGAAGUUGAAUCUAAGUAUGACUUGAUUACGUUAAUGAAUCCAGUGAAUAUUCCGAAAGAAAUCCCACUUGAUGGACAGAUAUUUAGUACUGCUACUCCAAAUCCACUUUCUACAUCCAGUCCAUCAAAUUUGGUUGCAUUGGCAAAUUCUCCAAUCUGCCAAAAUGUAUCUGUUGAUAUGGAGAUUGAAAAUGAUCGAAGUGAAGUGUCCUCACGAUUGGAUAAGAGUGAUAUGGAUAUUGAUAAUUCAUUUGAUGCUAAUAACCGUCUGUUAACCUUGAGAUUUAGUAAACCACCUCCAAUUCCUCCUAAAACUAUUGAUUGGAUUCGACCAUCACAAUUAUCUGUAUUAAUAAGCGAUUUCAGAAAAGCAUCAUCACCCAGUAGACGAUCUUCAUUACCCAUUGAUGAUUCAUCUACUUCUACAAAUAGCAGGUAUACCUCUAAACAUCGUGAUCAUGAACGUCAUCGGCGCUCUCGUAGUCCUGGUUAUCAUAAGUCAAAGCCAAUUUCUUAUCGUAGGCGUUACAGAUCACCAUCAGAUUCAAAAUAUGAUUCUAAUGAAAGACGCAAAUCUGUGUACAGAAACCAACGCUCAAGAGGUCGCUGUCGAUCAAAAAGAAUUAGAAACCCAGAUAAAUACGCACCUCAUCGAAGAUAUGAAGAUUCUCCGUAUAAAUAUCCACGUACCCGUGGACGAAGUCCUUCAUACGCUGAUUCAGACAAUCGUUACCAUCGUCAUCGUUCACAUUCUAGUGAUUCAUCUUCAGUUACUGGAACGGAUUCUAAUUCGUUUACACCUAUUAAAAACCGAAGAGGUUACUACUCGAAUUUAAAGAAGAAAGAAACGUCUCCAUUUAAUUCACAGUCAGAGUUUACACGACGUCCGACUUGUAGAGCAGAGUUCAGAAAGAGUACUGACAGUGAAGCGAGAACAGAAUAUGCUAGACAAAACAACAAUAUUCAUCAAAAUCCAAUCACUUGUGAAAGUUAUGGUAGAAGUAGUAAAUCUGAUAAUAAAAUCAUCAAUAGUAUUAAUGUUAACGAUAGGAUUACCAGUUUGGAUAACAAUGAAGUAGUCAAAAGUCAAAAUUCAGCUAUCGACUAUAAUGAAUCUAACAAAAUCACUAGCUCUCCUGCUUCGAAUACUAGAGGUGAUGCUUUGGCUAUAAUCCCAAAAUCUAUACAGUCAAACAAAUUCAUAGAUGAAAGUGAGGAGGGUGAAGUCCUCGAUGACGAAGGUGAUGAUGUUGAUGAUGCUAAUGAAGAGAUUCAGAAUAAUAGAAAUACCCAUAAUAAUGUCAGUUACAUUUCAUUGAGUGAUUCAAGUAUUAGCCAUAGUAAUGAAAAACGGCAGGGAACACCAUAUCGAAAGAUAGAUACAGAUGGUGGUUCAUUACGUCAUCACGAUUCAGUGACUGCUAAUCAAAAAUGA